AUGGUCACCAUCACGACUAUAAUGAAUAAUGGGAUUAUCAAUAUAUACGGCACAAGCGGCCAUUCUGUGACAUCAAUGAUUGAUAAUUGUUUGGAUACAACACCAAGAUGUUAUUCAAGUGAUUAUUCUAAAGAACUGAAAUUGUCCAAGUCGGAUAAUUUGAAGAAAAAGGGACAACUAUCGCACAUAGAACAAUACUCAAAUAUUCCACACGAUUAUCUAACUCAAACCAAACAACCAAAAGAAGAUCAAUUAUUAAGUCGAUCAAAGUCAUCCAAUGAACUGGAGCUUUGUGUUCAACCAAAGAUCCCAUUCAAUAUAAGAAAAGUUGAAAGUUCUUUAAAAAAAGUUGAUAAAAAGCCAAGUACAACAGUCGUUGCAAUUAAAUCUAAAACACAGCAUGGAAGGUCUGAGUCGUGUAGAGGCAUUUCUGAUAACUCGGCGGACUUUAAGGCCUUUGAACAAAUGUUUCAAUCGAAACAAACGACUCAAUACCUUCAAGAAAAGGAAGUUGAAGUUGAGAUGAUAAGAAAUAAUAGAAGCAAAUUUAAAACACGGUCGGAGUACAACUUUAAGGAGAUCCCACAAAACAAACAAUACCCAUUUUCAGAGUAUGAAUUCACAUUAAAGGGGUGGUGUAAGUCACAACAAUACAACGUUUUAUAUGACUCAAACUUAGAUGGACUUUCUAGAAAAUUGAUCAACGCAAGAACAUGCGCAAAGGCAAAAACAAUGUUUAUAGUAUGUUCCAAAUCAUCUGUGUUUGGAUGUUUCAACGGUGCACAACUCCCAAUAGAAACAAAUUCAAUUUCAUUCGUUAAAGAAGACGACGACUUCUUUGCUUUCUCUUUGAAAAAUCCACACAACACACAACCACUCAAAUUUGCUCACAAAACUAAUACACUCACAUUUUGCAUCAACGCUUAUGGAGAAGACGACUCAUGGCUUAUUUAUUGCUAUCACUGCUUCUACAUAAGAACAAACGGGUUAUCGAAAAUCGACAACACCUUCAGUUCUUUCUUUGUUGAUCAAUCGGGCUUUGGAUCAUCCAUAUUCAAUAACACCGUCUCCCCAAACACAUUUACUAUUGACAGAAUUAUAGUUUUGCAAUGGUUUUAA